UUUUUUAAAGCCCGGCUGAAUUCACUAGUAAAUUUUGAAUGUGAAGAACAGGAAGUGAGUCCACUGAGGGAGGCAGAAGGUGGCCUUAUCGAAAGUAAAAGAAAACUUCUUCCUGGAGGUGUUUCCAUCCACACUCUCCUCAUCCCCACCCUCUUUCAAGGGAUUUUUCUCAGGCUGGGUGGACAGGCCUUAGGAGUCUGUGACGUUAGGCCGUUCGGGGGUCUUGGCAUCGGGUGCUCUGUGGAUGUCGCUGGGACAGGGGGACCAGCAUUAAAUGGGGUUCGUACUACCUCGUGAGGUGGUACUGCGGAUUUAAUGAGAUAAUACAUGGUAACUGCUUGAGGCUGUGCCUGGUGCUACUAAGUUCUCAGAGAAAACAGGCCUGUGAAGAAGCUGCUGCCUCUGUACUGUGAGGGUCCCAGGACUGGCUUCUUUGGUAAGGCUACCACAACCCUCUCCUGACACUUGGACAACAUGAAUUUCAGUAAAUGCCUCUAUAAUAUUGGAGAACAGCUGGACAGUGAUGAGCUGGCUUCCCUCAAAUUCCUGAGCAUGGACUACAUCCCCCAGAAGAAGCAGGAGCCCAUCAAGGAUCCCCUGAUGUUAUUCCAGAGACUCCAGGAAAAGAGACUGUUGGAGGAAAACAACCUGUCCUUCUUGAAGGAGCUUCUUUUCCGAAUCAACAGACUGGACCUGCUGGUCACCUACCUGGACACCAGCAAGCAGGAGAUGGAGCAAGAGCUUCAGAUCCCGGGCAGAGCCCAGAUCUCUGCUUACAGGGUCAUGCUUUUUCAGAUUUCAGAAGAUGUAAGCAAACUGGAAUUGAAGUCCUUUAAGUUUUUUUUGAGCCAGGAGAUCCCUAGAUGUAGAGUGAACGAUGAUUCGAACUUGUUUGAUAUUUUCAUAGAGAUGGAGAAGAGGGUCAUCCUCGGGGAAAGAAAUUUGGACACCCUGAAAAGAAUCUGUGACCUAAUAAACAGGAGCCUGCUGAAGAAAAUCACGGAUUAUGAAGAAUUAAGCCAAGAGCGAACAAUGAUCCCGCAAAGAAGUCUAGAUGAAAUUUCAAAUGAUAUGUCUCAGUUGCUUGUAGGAGAGAAAUCGCUGAGGAUACCGCCAAUGUCAGACUCUCCAAGGGAACAGAACUGUGGAUCAGAGACAUCGGACAAAGUUUACCAAAUGGAAAGCAAACCUCGAGGAUAUUGUUUGAUCUUUAACAAUUAUGACUUUAGCAUAGCACGGAAGGAAGUGCCCAAACUUCACAGCAUUAAGGAUAGGAAUGGAACAGACUUGGAUGCAGAUGCUUUGCAUCAGACCUUUAGUGAGCUUCAUUUUGAGAUCGUGCCUUUCAGAGACUCUACGGCUAAGGAAAUCUGUGACGUUCUCAAAUCCUACCAAAGCAUGGACCACACUACCAGGGACUGCUUCAUCUGCUGCAUCCUCUCCCAUGGAGACAAGGGCAUCAUCUACGGCUGUGAUGGACAGGGAGUCCCCAUCUGUGAGCUCACCUCUUACUUCACUGGUUCUAAGUGCCCUUCCCUUGCAGGGAAGCCCAAGAUCUUUUUUAUUCAGGCUUGUCAAGGGGAUAACUACCAGAAGGGGAUCGCUGUUGAGACCGACUCUGAACAGAAUGAAGCGUGUUAUGAAUCAGACUCCUGUCAGAAGAGAUAUAUCCCAGACGAUGCUGACUUUCUGCUGGGGAUGGCCACUGUGAAUGAUUGUGUUUCCUACCGAAACCCCAUGGAGGGAACGUGGUAUAUCCAGACACUUUGCCAGAGCCUGAGAGAAAGAUGUCCUAGGGGAGAAGAUAUUCUCAGCAUCCUUACUGAAGUGAAUUUUGAAGUGAGCAGUAAGGAUGACAGGAGAAACAUGGGCAAACAGAUGCCACAGCCGACCUUCACGCUGCGGAAAAAGCUCAUUUUCCCUUGUGACUGAUGCUUUAACUGCAUAACACUAUGCUUAAUUUAAUUUUGAUGCAAGUGCUGCUCUUGCUUUUC